CGUCACACAGUCCUUUCAGUACUAAACAACUUUGUACAAACACCUCGGACUGACCCAGCAUUGUCAUCACCACCUUACAAUUACUAUAUUUCAUGGAUUGAGUGUAAGACUAUAAUAAGAAGUAAAUGAAUUGAGAAGUCGCUAUGAAUUUUGAAGACAUUAGCCAGCCGAGAAAUGACAGCACAGGUCAAGGGUCUAGCAUAGACAUACCAGACGAGGUGGCCGAUUUCAUUCGGACAAUAUGCUUUGGCUACAUUUUUCCAAUCGUCUCGGUCUUUGGUGCAUGGGCCAACUUAAUGAACAUGUGGAUCUACUACAAGCAUGGCAUGAGUGAGUCAGUCAACAUCAGUUUUUUAACUUUAGCAUUUACUGACCUGGCUGGACUGUUAUGUUCUCUAUGGUAUGGUAUCGGUAUAAGUCCACUGUUGGCUUCAAAAACGGAUCUUGGUUUCGAUUCAAUGGACGUAGCUUUUAUAACUGGAGCUAUUCCUCGGUUGUCCUUUACAAAAGUCACUUGCUGGAUUACUGUGUACAUCUCACUGGAGAGAUGUUUUUGUAUAGUGGCGCCACUGCAUGUCAAGACUUUGAUAACACCAAGAACGACAAUCCUGAUACUGACUGCCCUGCACACGAUUGGAGUUCUCACUGGGUUUCCCGUGUUGUACUUGGGUGUGCUAUAUCUCUAUUGGAAGACAGACCCAGUUCACAACAGGACGUUUCUAGCAUUGGGAUACAGAGAGGAUUACUUUAGCGUCAAUAGUGUCGCUACUCCAGUCAUCUUCACUAUAUUUUUGGCGUCUUUUUUAAUUCUAAUCGUCUCCACCAUCUCGUUGACAGCAGCGCUGCAAAGAAAAUCAAAAUGGCGUCGAAAUACUUCGAAAAGCAUGGCUGUUACGACAAACAACUUGUCCAGGCGGGACACAACUCUAAGCAAGACCAUAAUAAUCUUGUCGGCAGUUCUGAUAAUGUGUUACCUCCCUUACAUGGUUAAUACCGUUCUUUCGGCUGUUAUUGAUGGUUUUGCAUUGCACGGCAAAUACAAUAAUUUCUUCGAAGUGAUGUGGACAUUUUCUUGGCUAUUUGAAACGCUGAAUUCCACUACAAGUAUUUUUAUCUACUACAACAUGAGUACAAAGUAUAAAGAGACGUUUAGAGGAAUGAUACCUUCUUUUCAUUGCACAUUAUUGAAAACAUGGAAACAUCGUUGCCAUUCAAACUUCCAAUAGUUAUAAUACAAGACUUUACACAACAAUAUGAAAUAUAAAACACAACAAUGAUACAUGGGUGAAGUAAACAACUACACACACACAUACACAUACACAUACACAUAUUCAUACAAUGGGGCGUGAUGGCUGAGUGGUAAAGUCCUUCAAUUGCCAAUCCAGGGGUCUUUGGUUCGUAUCCAGGAAAAGACAUGGACUUUUAGGGGCACACUCUUGAGUGCAACCAAAUCUAAUGGGUAAUCUGACGACAUGAGUUGGGUAGGACUAGCGGGGACUGGCCGUUGAUUUGGUAAUACGACACCCUCGUAGACCUUAGGACACCUAAACAGAUGACCUCUACAUCAUCAGGACACCUAAACAGAUGACCUCUACAUCAUCAGGACACCUAAACAGAUGACCUCUACAUCAUCAGGACACCUAAACAGAUGACCUCUACAUCAUCAGGACACCUAAACAGAUGACCUCUACAUCAUCAGGACACCUAAACAGAUGACCUCUACAUCAUCAGGACACCUAAACAGAUGACCUCUACAUCAUCAGGACACCUAAACAGAUGACCUCUACAUCAUCAGGACACCUAAACAGAUGACCUCUACAUCAUCAGGACACCUAAACAGAUGACCUCUACAUCAUUAGGACACCUAAACAGAUGACCUCUACAUCAUUAGGACACCUAAACAGAUGAUCUCUACAUCAUCAGGACACCUAAACAGAUGACUUAAACGCUGACUUCAAGUAUUCUCUGGAGCCGAUUCCUAUUGCCUCUAUUCGCUUUCUUUUAAUCCCCUGUUAUAAUAUUAAUGUUAUAAAUUGUGAAGAACGUUCAAGGAAGAAAUAUGGGUAAGAGAUGACAAACCAUGUACAGCAAUACAAAUCAAUGGAUCGUCUUAUGUACGUACGUACCGUCUAUCUUAUUGAUUUAGAUUAACACGCUAAAUUAAUUUUUACAUAAGCUCUAUGUCUAUAGAUGUCAGAUUAUUAUUUUUUUUAAUAUUAUUCAUUUCUAUUUGUAUUAAAUAUGUCACACCUUUUGUCGUGAAAAUAAAACAAAAUAUAUGAAAUAUUGUUAAUAUCAUACUUUGUUAAAACCUAUUUGUUGGAUCAGAGUAGGAAUUGACCAGGGAAUAAAAUGACCGGGGAUAAAGUGACCAAAAAUGAAGUGACAGCAGGAUGAAGUAACCGAGAACCC